AUGCUCGCCCGUGGGGCGCGGUGUCUCUCAAUUCGUUGGGUACAUUCAACUUUCGAAAAAGCUGCUCUCCAGAAAUUUGACGAUUUGGCUUCCACGUCAACCACACCAGAUGCGAAAGAGGUGUGGAAUCGCCGUGUACAACUUCGAAAGCCCAUACUUCAGCGGGAUGAAGUGAUUUCACCUAAGGUGUACUAUGCCCCAGAAUGGGAACUGGACAAGAAGCCGAACAAGGCUAAUUCGGCUGACGCCAUAUUGACAAGGUAUUACUACGUUUUAGGUCUUGUUUUUUGGCCUCCUCAUUAUAUUGUACCGGAGACAGGAUUGCCAAAAGCCAGAGAAGUAUUCCAUUGCAGAGAAUCGGUACAUUUCUCCCCAAAGCGUAUGUGGCAGGCAUGUCAGCUCAUUUGGCGGACAAAUGUUGACGAAGCAAUAACCCAACUGAAUUUUCAACAGAUAAAGAGUUGCAAAAUUCUUGCUGAAGUGUUAACAGAGGCCAAAGAAAGAGCAGUGAACGAGUUUCAUAUCGAAUUCCCAUCCGAUAUGUUCGUUGCAGAUGCGUUUCCAAUCCAGUGCCAGAUAGUGAAAGGUAACAUUCAACUCCUUCUCACAGUGCUGUAA